AUGUUCGUCCUUCGGCGUCAGGCUGUUCAAUCUGCCAGAGGCAUUAGAACAGCCCGUUCAACCGCCCAAUUCUCCUCAUCGACCUCCCGGACCGCCCAUGAAGCAGGCCACGGGCAUGCAGCUCCAAAGGAUGAGCCUCUAGGACUCUCCGUCUAUAUGACACUCGCUGCUAUUCCCGCCGUCUACAUCGUCUACUCCCUGGCUCAGCCCUCUGCUGAUGGGAGCAAGCCGGCUCUCGAGAGGCUCAUCAACAGCUACUCCCACCUCCAGGAUACAUUUGCUGCCAGAAACAAGCUCCACACUGCAGCAAUUGAGCAGGCUGCAUUCGAUCGUAACCUCUUCCAAAGCGACAGGAAGACAGAGCACGUCAACCUCCGGUUCCCUGAAACCUUCAACACAGGGUCUCCACAUAACGUCAUCGCUGGCCAGGGCCCAAGGGAUAUCGAGAAGCUUGUUGCCCAUUAUGAGCAGUUGAACAAUGCGGCUGAGGAGAAGAAGGUCCUCGCAAGGCAGGCCUGA